UAUAAAAAUAAAAGAAAUUAAGAGAAAAGCAGGCCUGAAUGAAGAGAGUGGAGAACUUGACUGGUUCUAUGAACGAAGGACCUAUUUGGAUUCAGUUUUCAUUCAUUUGUUGUUGACCUUUUUUGUCCCCACUUCACUGAGAGAGCAACUUCAUUGGUUACUCAACAACAUGCUUUCUACUUCUAUUCACUCUUCUCUUCUCACUUCUCUUCAUCUCCGCCACCGUCCACCGUCUCCCCCACAUUUCUCCGCCCCCACUUUUCACCCUUUUCCCUCCAAUAAACCAACCCCUUCUUACCCUUUUCGUCUUUCUUCUCUUCCUCUCUUUUCACAUUCCACCGGCAACAAUAACAACAACAACAACAAUGGUGGUGAUGGUGGUGGUGGUUACUGGGGUUACCCUUUUGACUCCGAUGAUUCUUCUUCAAAUUCUCGUUACACCCUUUUCCUUUCCUUGCUAUGUUCCUCUGUUAUCUGUUAUUUCUUCCAACUUCUUCUUGCCAAAUUCGCAAUGGCAAGAACCCCUUCAUCUUGUUCUUCUUCAAUUGAAAAUGAAAUUUUGAAGCAGCCCAUUUGGGAAGUGAAAGGUGGAAACUUUAUCAAACUUUUCCCUGAUCAUUUAAAGGAUAUUUUCAUUGCUUCAAAUCCCACGUUCUUUUCUGAGUUAUCAUCCCUAAACGUUUCACAAGUUCCAAGCUUUUUGUACACUAAGUGCAAAGAAUUCACGGUGAGGUUGAUGCUUCCUGAAGGGUUUCCCAACAGUGUGACUAGUGAUUAUUUGGAGUAUUCAUUGUGGAGAGGUGUUCAAGGUGUUGCUUGUCAGGUUAGUGGUGUGUUGGCAACUCAAGCUUUGCUUUAUGCUGUUGGAUUGGGAAAAGGGGCUAUUCCAACUGCUGCUGCUAUCAAUUGGGUGCUUAAAGAUGGAAUUGGGUAUCUUAGUAAGAUUUUGUUGUCUGAUUUUGGUAGACAUUUUGAUGUUAACCCAAAAGGGUGGAGAUUGUUUGCUGAUCUUCUUGAAAAUGCUGCUUUUGGUUUGGAGAUGUGUACUCCUGCUUUCCCUCAUUUGUUUGUGCCUAUUGGUGCUGUUGCCGGGGCGUCUCGCUCUGCUGCUUCAUUGAUUCAGGCUUCUACCAGGAGCUGUUUCUUUGCUGGUUUUGCUGCUCAAAGGAAUUUCGCUGAGGUAAUUGCUAAAGGUGAAGUUCAAGGAAUGGCAAGCAGGUUUAUUGGUAUCGCUCUUGGUAUAGGACUCGGUAACUGCAUAGGCUCUUCCACGCCUCUCGUUCUUGCUUCUUUUUGUGUCGUGACUUGGGUCCACAUGUACUGCAAUCUAAAGUCUUACCAGUCCAUUCAAUUGCGGACAUUAAAUCCUUAUCGUGCAAGUUUGGUUUUCAGUGAAUAUCUACUGAGUGGUCAGGCUCCUCCAGUUAAAGAGGUCAAUGAUGAGGAGCCACUAUUUCCAGCACUACCCAUAUUAAAUGCAUGUUUUGCAAACAAAGCACAAUCAAUUGUUUUAUCAUCUGAAGCAAAGGAUGCUGCCGUAGAAAUUGAAAGUCGUCUGCAGCUCGGGUCCAAACUCAGUGAAAUUAUCCACAAUAAGGAGGAAGUGCUUGCUCUCUUUUCGCUUUAUAAAAAUGAAGGCUACAUCUUGUCAGAGCACACAGGAAAAUUCUGUGUGGUGCUUAAAGAAAACUGUUCCCAGCUGGAUAUGCUGAAGGCAUUGUUUCAGGUCAACUAUCUUUAUUGGUUAGAGAAGAAUGCAGGAAUUGAAGGACGAGGAGCCCUUUAUGACUGCAAACCUGGGGGGAGGUUGCGGAUAUCUCUAGAAUACGCAGAAAGGGAAUUCAAUCAUGCUAGAAAUGAUGGAGAAUCAGCUGGUUGGAUUGCAGAUGGACUGAUCGCAAGGCCUUUGCCUAAUAGGAUUCGGCCAGGCAACACGGAGUGAGUAGCUGAUAUGAUGAAUGGCCGGUGGUUUUCAUACCCGACCAAUUGCUGCAAUGUUUUUCACGAGGAUUCAAGAUGUAUAGGAGUUCAAGGGCGUUAUUGAUUCUUUUCCAUGCAACUCUGCUGGUGUAAUGGCAGGCAGAGAACUACAAAUUGUUGAAGCCAAAUGGUAUUUUGACUAAAACCACAAGCCAAGAUGCUUUUUGUCAAUGUCAGUGAAUGGACUGACCCGGAAAGGGUCAAAUAAUUUGGAAACAGAAAACCACACAGAUUUUUUGCGCUAAAGAUUGCGUGUAUGCUUAGUUUAGAUUAACUGUUUAACUAAAUUUGUAUAGUUGACACAAAAACCUCAGGCAAAUUUGAUGUUAUUUGACUAAUAUGCCGCAAA